AUGGCGUCCUCGACUCUCAACGCACCUCCGGAACAGCUCCUCGUCGAUCUGCAUGUCAAAUACAUCCAAUCCCUUGACGAGGUAAAGCUCCGGAGACGCAUGCCCAGGAAAGCAGCACCCCACUUGAUCGCUCCUCACUGACCCCCCUCAUCCCUGCACCCCCACACGACUCCCGACCACCUCGUGACCCCUACCAAACUCCCUCUCCAAAGAAACGAGAUCACCUCUACUACCACACGACCCAACACCUCCGCAUGAACGGCAUCUACUGGGGCUUGACCGCGCUCAGUCUGAUGCGCCGAAAGGACGCUUUACCCAGACCGGAGAUGUUGGAUUGGGUGAUGAGCUGCUACGAUCCCGUCACAGGUGAGUAGCGGGGGCAUCGUUCCGUGUUUGAGAGGGGGGUAAACAGGGGCUGACUGUACUGUGAUGCUGUGGGAUACUUAGGCGGCUUUGCUCCUCAUCCGGAUCAUGAACCCCACUUGCAUCCGACACUCUCGGCGAUCCAGAUCCUCGCCACGCACGACGCUCUUCAUCUCCUAGACCCGGACAAGCUCGUGCAAUGUACGUGCUCUUCACUCCCAAGAUUCGAUCCCAGCAACGCCUUCCUCAUCCCCCCGUUCCAUCUUUCCAUCUCUCCCCAGACGUCCUCUCGCUCCAAUCCCCCACCGGCGCCUUUGCUGGUGACCAAUGGGGCGAACAAGCCUCCCGCUUCACCUACUGCGCCGUUUCUUGCCUCUCCCUCCUCGACCGCUUGGACGAUCUCGAUCUCGAUCGAACGGUGUCUUCGAUCGAAGCCUGUACCAAUUUCGAUGGAGGGUUCGGCAUGUGCCCUGGCGCGGAGAGUCACGCGGCUUACGGUACGCUCAUUCUCCCCCUUCACACAUUCUUCUGACUCCCAAUGUGGCUGAUCAUCAUCGUCGGUGCGGGGGUGCGGGAGUGCAGUCUGGACAUGUCUAGGCACGCUCGCCAUACUAGGACGCUUGGAUCUAGUCGAUAAGGAUACGUUGUGUUGGUGGUUAUGCGAACGACAGUUGCCUUGUGGGGGCUUGAAUGGGAGACCGGAAAAAUUGGAAGAUGUGAGUCGUGCCGAAGCCAUCGGCGUUUCUCGUUGGGCUGAAGCUGAGCUUGUGGUGUGGUCGAUGCUAGGUAUGUUAUAGUUGGUGGGCUUUGGCUUCGUUGGCGAUUAUGGGGAGGGAACAUUGGAUCGAUGCGCAAAAGUUGAAAGAGUUCAUCCUUUCGGCUCAGGUGAAGUUCCUUCCUCCAGCAUCCCAAUGCUCCUCAAAACAAAGUGGCGACUCACAUUUCCCCUCGUGCGGGUGGGAUGAUUCAGGACCCCGACGAAGGCGGUAUCGCCGACCGACCUGAAGACUUGGCCGAUGUUUGGCAUACCGUUUUCGGGAUAGCUGGUCAGUUCGAAUUGUCCCGGACUAUCCCUCCCAAUCUACUGGAGGCUUACUCUCUUGGUUCGAGCAGGUCUUUCCCUCCUCUCCUAUCCGGGUUUGGAACCCGUCGAUCCGAUCUAUUGUAUGCCAGCGGAGGUAACGAAGCGGUUGGUAGGGAUGAGAAGAGGUGACGGAAAGUGA